AUGCAAAUACCCAAAGGCUUCAAUUUAUCCGUCUCUAUAGACGAAAAAUUGAAGCCUUUGGUGAAGGAAAAUCUACAUCUGAGAAAUGAAGUUGCGUUUUUGAAUAAAAACGUAUCAAACACUGAACGCGAUGUGAGAAAGAAUAAUCUGAUUUUACAUGGCCUGCAAGAAAAGGAAACAAAUAAUAUUGAAUUAGUAGAAUCCCUCAUCACAUGUCUCAAUAACAUUUACAAAGAUACUGGACUUGGCAACUGGGACAAAUAUGAAAUAAGCAGAAUACAAAGAGUAGGAAUAAAAGACAGUAAUAAAACGCGGUCUAUACUGUUUACACUUACGCUCGAAUGGAGAAAACUCGAACUACUUCGCAACAAAAAAAGAUUUCCUAAGAACAUAUACAUAACAGAAGACUACCCAAAAGAUAUUCUUAAUAUCAGAAAAGAACUAAAAGUCAAGCAGCAAGAAGAAAUAAAAAAGGGCAAAAUAGCUUUCAUACGGUAUGACAAGUUAAUAGUGAAAGACAAAAAUCCAGUCGCCAAAGAAAAUGAAAAGAGGAAGAGAACACCAACAGAUUCGCCCAAUCAGCAAGAUAACACUAAACGAGCGAACAAGCUCGCCGGCUGCGCCCGGCGUGCUAUUGUUCAAGCAAUAACCGGUCGGCCGGCCCCGUUCCUGCGCUUUUCUUGCGCCCCGCGGCCGCCCGGCCGGCAGUCGAAAGAUUACUACGACACCUAA